GUAAUCCUUUGCAUAUGUAUAUUCCCACUUUUAUUUCAAAUCUUUAAAGAGAAUUAUAGACAGUAGAGUUAUGAUAAGUGAAGUACAAUUGAUUUGUUAGUUUUCUUGCAGACCUCGGUCGGUUCCAUAAUACUAAUCUAUGUAGCAACAGACGUUUCAUAAAAAGUACGUAUUUUAACAUGCGAUUCACAGUGCAAUUCUUGUGCUUCAAAGCCAGCAGUAGUUCCUAUUAGGUCAUAACACUGUCAAGACAUAUUUGCAAUCACAGGUUAUUCACGUUUUUGUUAACCGCUUUCGGGUGCCGGAAGGUAAAGGAAGUUAAACACAAUACUUUCAGAAAUAUAUUAGAUAACUAACACAGAAAUAUUUUUUUCAACCAUAUUGACGUAACAAUGACGUAAUGUGCACGACGACGUAACAAGAUACGCCGUCCAUGUGAAAAAUCUCAGUGUUGACAAACGGCAUAAAAAAACAAAACAAAAAAACUUUAAGAUUCCAAUAUACUUUCAAUUCAGAAUCGCGAGUUUGAUGUCAAUGUAAAGAGGGAUAAUCGAGUAACGUUGCAAAGGCUCCGUGACAUAUGUUUUCUCGUGUAAGGCGAAGAGAGCUCGAGGUGUAGGCACCGAAUAUUUUUUUAAUAUUUUCUUUCAAUUUAAGAUGAAUUAAAGACCAAUUUCGCCUUGAAUGUUUUGCAGUUAGUGCUGGGCGGUGAUUGUUCAAGGUCUCAAGAUGCGGAGAUAAGAUAUUAAUCGCAGUAUCUACGGGUUUGGACUGUUAAAUAAUAAGCUAUGUUGGGAGUAAAGCGUAUUAUUCUUGUAUUAUAACGAUGACAUAAUAUUUUUUUUACGAGAAAAUGGGUCCCUACAAGAUACAGCGGCUGGUCUACAUCAUUGGAUUUUUGGACCUUCUAGGAGUGAGCUUAAUUCUGCCUCUGAUUCUACCUAUGGUUAAGAACUUGGUUGAGUCUCACCUGGCUGCAGGUUGCAUCACUUCCCUCUAUGGGGGGAUCCAGUUGUUUUCAAGUCCAGCUGUGGGCCGAUGGAGUGAUGGAUGGGGGAGGCGGCCAGUCAUGCUGGUGUGCUUGAUUGCGACAGCUAUCAGUUACGUCAUUCUUGGAGCAUCUCAAUCUCUUCUGGUCAUCGUCAGUGGGAGAGUUAUGGCAGGAAUAUUCAAGCACAGUCAAACAGUGUGCAGAGCUCUCCUGGCAGAUGUGACGCCACCAGAGGACAGAUCAAGAGUUUUCGGCAUUUUUAAUGCUGCAUCUAGCAUGGGGUUCAUUGUUGGGCCAAUGCUUGGAGGUCACCUCUCUGAGCUUGAGAAUGGAUUUACCCUUGUCUGCAAUAUUGGUGCAUUGUUCUUUAUCCUGGACUUUGCAUUGUGUUGGUUGUUUGUCCCAAACGUUGAGCCAGCUCACUCACGGUCAUCUAAGGGUAUAUCGGAAGGUGAAACAGUCCUCCAGGCAUUCUCAUUUAUGAAAGACAUCGACUGGAAAGUGUUUGGGGAUAUUUUCCUCGUACGAUUUUUCCUCAGCUUCUCGUCCUUGGUGUACAGAUCAAACUUUUCCCUUUUGAUUGAUCAGAAUUUUGGAGCUAGCCCAAAAGUUAUAGGCUACCUUAUAUCUUUCCAGGGCAUCAUCAGUGCUGUAGCAGGAUUCUUUACAGGCAAGGUAUCCAAAAUCUACCAGGACUCUCAGCGUGAACUUUUCCACAGCUCAGUUCUUCUUACACUAGCUCUGCUGGGGCUAACUUUAGCACCAUCUUUAACAUUACUGCUAGCGUGCCUCAUACCUCUGUGCGUUAGCUCUGCUGUGAUAAGGGUCAGCAGCUCAGCCAUCACCAUAGGGCGAUGUGAACCUGACAAGGUGGGAUCAGUGACCGGUUUUGGCCAAAGCAUAGCCUCAGUAGCACGUAUGAUCACCCCCUUGAUAGCAGGUGUUACGCAAGAGAUUAGCAUAUAUGGUCCAGGAAUGACAGGCACUCUUUCUGCUGGAAUCGGGGCAGCACUUGCGGGCAUCAUUUCGUAUAGGCAGAAGUCCAAAGUGGAGUAACUGGCUGUUUUAUUUUAGCAGUUGUUAUUUUUUUAUUAUAAUAUUUUAAAUGUUGCGUGUGGGAAGCGUGUUUGUAUGUGGAUGGGACACCAAUAUCCUUUGUGUGAAGGUUGAUAUUCUGUACAGGAUGCAAUUCAGAUAUUAUUAGUAAUGUUUGUGGAUGGUACGAAGAGUUUUGCUCUUAUAUAGUUAUUUGUUUAUCAUUUGAAAUUUGUUGAAAUAUUUUUAUGGCUCAUAUAUUUUUUAAAAGUUAAUAAUUUACUACCUUUUCUUUUUUUUACUGUUUGUAGAAAUGUGAAAGUAUGUUAUCCAAGAUUUAUAUUCACAACAAUUCAUGUUACUUUUUCCUGACUGUAUAUGCAUUAUAUUCUAUGAUAAAUAUCAGAGCUUGAUAAAUUUUAAGUUCUGUAAUAGGCAGCUGAGAAGACUGAUUUACAUGAAAGCUAUUGUUUGCACAACUUUUUUCCUGUGACAAGCCUCAAGGUUACAAACUUUUACAGUCCAGAUACACUAUUGAACAAGAGUUGUGUUCCAGUCAGUGGAAGACACACACAUUAUAUUAACUCAGGAAAAUAUGUUAUUACUCUUAGUUUUAGAAGUCUCAAGUAUGGUUUGUUUAAAUGAAAGAUCAAUUCAUCUGGCAUACUAAGUUUCUAGUAUCAAAUUUUAUGGCUAGUGGAAUAUUGUUUUGAGACUGAAUGCACAGUUUUUUGGGCAUUAAAUAAUUAAAUGGUUGCAUCAAGUAUGGACUGCACUUGUAUAUGUAUGUGCUUAUGUAUUUAUGCUGAAAAAUCUCUACCAUAUACCUAAUGGAAAUUUAAGUAUGACUCCCUUUCACAGGUCCUGUUGAAUAACAUCCAUUUGUAACUAUUUUUUCUAGUCAUUGAAAAAGCUUUUUGUAAUACAUAGGUAGUCCCAUAGUCUCUCAUCAGUUGGAAAACUUAAAUUACUGACUAAAGGAAUUUUAAGUUUUCCAAUAACACAUUAACAGAAAUAAUCUGAUUUAGAAGUAUCUUGAAUGGCAAGAUAUAAAGUGUGUAUAUAAAGUUUGUGAAGAUUUAGGUUGCAAUUUGUUCAAGUGGGUUAUAUUAAAAAAAAAGGGUUACUAUCAAGUGGGGAGGGUGAUAUUAUAUUAAAAAUAUACAUCUUCCCCCAGCAGGUCAGAAGAGAUGAUACCAUUGGCCAAUUGGCAUUUUUUAUUGAUAUAAAAUAUUGUGAGUCGUUCCACACAACUGUUUUUCUGCAGUUGGGUGUAAAGGUUUCAUGCAGAAUGGCUUGUCUUACUUAGCCAGUUUUGUCAGGAUCAGCAGGACAGCGAGGCUGUGUUCAGAACCCUCUGGAGCCUUCAUCACCCACAGCACAGCCAGCUCUAAAAUCAACAGUCGCUCUUUUACUAUAUUGGUAUCUUCAUUUUUCAAACUAGAUAUAUUAUGUAGCUAUGAUGCAUAGGUAAUGUCUCUGCAAUUGACAAAACAAAAAUAACUGAUAACAACAACAAAGGGCUAUUAAAUUACCAGUACCUACUAAAGUCUUAUGUUAUUGAUAGUGCAUGCAAUUAUCAUUGCUGGUAUACAAAUGCUAUUGUGUCAUCAUCUCACCCACCUUUACAGCCAGGAGAGUACAGUGAGAUGGACAAGAUUAACAACUUGUCCUGGAUGCUAAGAGAGAUUUUGAAUGGUGUCUUGAACACAGCGCAAAGUAUUAUGUCAACCACUCCAAGAAUUAAGAAUAAGAAAACACAAUUAUAUCUACAUAAUUUAUCAAUUUAAAUCCACUUUUUAUCAUUAUAAUAAUAAAAGCUUUCCUUAUACUUUAUAUGGAUGUUUUGUAUUACAAGAAGCUUCAGGUGACUAUGGGUUGUGAUUCCAUUGCAAAUUACUGAAGUUACUGUAGAUAAUCACAGCAUUCUAUGGUGGGAGGGAUCUUGUAAGGUCAAAAAAGUAAGAGCCCCUGGAGAAAGAACAGAUGUCAAAUAUUAUUAUUUUCUUUACUUUUUAUUUUUUUGUUGACAUUUCUUACUCCAAGAUCAGCAUCAAGACAGACAGGCAACUCAACUGUUAAUUGCCUGAUCCAUUUAACACUAGUUGUGGGAUUAAGAUAUUAAAAUAUCAGAGCAUAAAUAUUAUGGAGUAUAUAUAAUUAUUACAUAAAUAACCCCCCCCAAUCCCUUGCUCCUCGUUGUCGUGGGGGGGAGCUUAGGAGACGGGGCAGAGGCCCAAAGUGGGGAACCACCCCUACCUUGGUCCUCAGCCCUUGCCUCAACUACUUUUUCCUGGUCUUUUCUUCCUUUUCUUCAUCCCCUUGUUCUGUUGACUUAGCUUAAUUGUUGCCAUUUUCUGCCACAAUACCUUAACAUAAUGCUCUCAACUCCCUUAACUCCUUCCCUUUCUUACAGCUUUUAUCUUACACAAUACUCUGUCAGCUCCCACUCUCUGCCCUUUUCACUACCAUACUACCCUCUACUACUGUUCAACCUUUAACUUAAUGAUUACAGUAAACUCGUUCCUAACCCUUUUUGCUACUCCACUUUACCAUAGUGCCAUGUGGCCUUUGAUGUCAUAUAGCACUUCCUUACCUGGAGACUUUGCCAUGAAGCCUCUUGCUAUCACUAUUUUGAAUCCACCACUAAUGACGUUAGAUGUUGACGUGGCAGAAAAAGUUCAGUAAAUAAAACAUUACAAGUAUUCUGCGUAAUUAAAUUAUUAUAAAUAUUAGUCUUCUUUAGGAUACUAAUGAGACUUGUGUCACAAUCCUCUCCCACAAAGAAUCAUAGUCACUGUUUCUCUUUCCUUAUGGUACCUUUUAUGAUGUAUGGAAGUAAUUAUCACAUUUCAAACAUUGUACUACUGGAAGGAUUAGUAAUAAUUUGAUCAAGGGAAAACUCUACAAAAUAAUUUCCAGUGUAAAUAUAAGGUUAUCCCUAGUUGUCCUUGUCAAAUAAGAUGAAUUAUGUUAUAAGAAAAUGUAUUUGCUCGAAUUUUCAGCCCAGAAAAGUUGCUAAGCUAGGAAUCUUUCGCAUGUAUAUUACAUCAUAUUUUUUACAUAUUCUAUUUAUUAGUUACAAUUUUACACUGGUGCUAGUAGUAACCUGAUUUAUUUAUUUAUUUAUUUUUUAAGAUGAGGCAAUUCUAAUGAUUAAUCUUUUGCUUUCAAUUUUUUGUAGAGGCUCAUGAAUGGAAAUUACUAAGCUAAACACCCUGUCACAAUUAAGAUACGAUAAAUGAUCAGUGAAGCAUAUUUUGAUAAGAGGCAAAAUUAUUGAAUCUUCCAAUGCUUUGUAAGUCUUUUAAGUUUAUAGUGAUAUGUGAUAAAUAUAUAAUGCGAAGGGAGAUUUUUUUUUUUUUUUUUUUUUUUUUUUUGUUUAAGAAUAUUUCAAUCCUACAAGUUGUAUAGUAAUGCAUAAUCACUGAUUUUUUUUUUUUUUAUUGAAAGGAUUUACUGUGAUGUGAAAUGAUAAAUCUGCAUUCUUUCUAACAAUCAAAGAACCCUGAAAGUUGUCAUGAGGAUUAUCACAGAAUGGUAUUUCUCCAUAUUUUUAUGUAAUAUAAAAGAUUUAUACAGAAAAUAAUAAAAUAAUUUAUUAC